GCGGACAAGAUAUACUUGGUUUUCAAAGUGCUUGAAUGGCGAUGGCGACGGUAACACCGGGAACGGGAUGGCAUGUCUCGCGUCGUACUUGGACCCCUGCACGUCAAGACAGUGGUCUUGACCGGAGGUGCAGUCAUCACGGCCUUAACAAGCAAACAAUUCACCUCACCACAUGGAGGCCCCGGAACAGUCAUUGAAGCAACGAAGAACCUCAAAGACUUAGAUCUUGCAAACAGGUGAGGAGCUACGUCUGCGGUACAAUACCUUCAUCGACGCCGUGAAAUACUACACCACAACCACAACAUCACUGUCAGAUGGCUUUGUGAUCCCAUUGCUGGCGAAAAACCAGGGUGGCCGGAUAUGCCGGUGGCCAUCCCAACCACAGUACUCUAUGUACUACUUGAAAGACACUGCUCCGUUUACUCUCUAGGGCUGGGGUCUGAGUGGCGCGGGACUUCUCGCCGGCGUGACCCUGGACAGGGUGGCGGCGAAGGAAGUUUCAGCCGCCCCGUGAAAAAGCGCUACAAGGCAACCAUGGUGGCGGUAAUAUCCGUUCCCUCUCUGUGCCUCGGCCUUGUCGGAUAUAUGGAUCAUGAAGCGGGCAGAAAGCAAGAUUGGCUGAUUGUGAACGCGUAUAUUGGAACGGCUGCUGGGCACGACGCGAGCUGGGGAGGUGCUAUUGCC